UAAAGAGUCUCAGACUGAGGAGAAAGCCUUUCCUUCUGCUGCUCCCGCUGCUGCCGCUGCUUUUGAGGGUCCACUCCGUUCAUGGUUUUUCCUGCCAGACCAGAAUCACCUUCGCUGCUGCCGUCCUUCUCUCUGGUGUCAAUCAGAGGCUGGCCAGAGGAUGAGACUCCCCAAACUCCUCACUUUCUUGCUUUGGCACCUGGCUUGGCUGGACCUGGAAAUUAUCUGCACUGUGUUGGGUGCCCCUGACUUGGGCCAGAGACCCCAGGGGGCCAAGCCAGGCUUGGCCAAAGCAGAAGCCAAGGAGAGGCCCCCUCUGGCCCGGAGCAUCUUUAGGCCAGGGGGUCACAGUUAUGGUGGGGGGGCCGCCAAUGCCAGGGCAAAGGGGGGCACCGGGCAGACAGGAGGCCUGACACAGCCCAAGAAGGAUGAACUCAAAAAGCCGCCCCCAAGAUCGGGCGGCCCUGAACCCAAGCCAGGACGCCCUCCCCAGACAAGGCAGGCGGCAACGCGGACGGUGACCCCAAAAGGACAGCUUCCUGGGGGUAAGGCACCUCCAAAGGCAGGAUCUGUCCCCAGCCCCUUCCUGCUGAAGAAGGCCAGGGAGACCAGGCCCCCUCAAGAGCCCGAGGAGCCGUUCCGCCCGCCCCCCAUCACGCCCCACGAGUACAUGCUCUCGCUGUACAGGACACUGUCUGAUGCUGACAGAAAGGGAGGCAACAGCAGCGUGAAGUUGGAGGCUGGCCUGGCCAACACCAUCACCAGCUUUAUUGACAAAGGGCAAGAUGACCGAGGUCCUGUGGUCAGAAAGCAGAGGUACGUGUUUGACAUUAGUGCCCUGGAGAAGGAUGGGCUGCUAGGGGCCGAGCUGCGGAUCUUGCGGAAGAAGCCCUCGGACACGGCCAAGCCAGUGGCCCCCGGCAUCGGGCGGGCUGCCCAGCUGAAGCUGUCCAGCUGCCCCAGCGGCCGGCAGCCGGCAGCCUUGCUGGAUGUACGCUCUGUGCCAGGCCUGGACGGAUCUGGCUGGGAGGUGUUCGACAUCUGGAAGCUCUUCCGAAACUUUAAGAACUCGGCCCAGCUGUGCCUGGAGCUGGAGGCCUGGGAACGGGGCCGGGCUGUGGACCUCCGUGGCCUGGGCUUUGACCGGGCUGCCAGGCAGGUCCACGAGAAGGCCCUAUUCCUAGUAUUUGGCCGCACCAAGAAACGGGACCUGUUCUUUAAUGAGAUUAAGGCCCGCUCGGGUCAAGAUGAUAAGACUGUGUACGAGUACCUGUUCAGCCAGCGGCGAAAAAGGCGGGCCCCACUGGCCACGCGCCAGGGCAAACGGCCCACCAAGAACCCCAAGGCCCGCUGCAGUCGGAAGGCGCUACAUGUCAACUUCAAGGACAUGGGCUGGGAUGACUGGAUCAUCGCACCGCUUGAGUACGAGGCCUUCCACUGCGAGGGGCUAUGUGAGUUCCCCUUGCGCUCCCACCUGGAGCCCACGAACCAUGCAGUCAUCCAGACCCUGAUGAACUCCAUGGACCCCGAGUCCACACCACCAACCUGCUGUGUGCCCACACGACUGAGUCCCAUCAGCAUCCUCUUCAUUGACUCCGCCAACAACGUGGUCUAUAAGCAGUAUGAGGACAUGGUAGUGGAGUCUUGUGGCUGCAGGUAGCAGCACUGGUCCGCUGUCUUCCUGGGUGGCAUGUCCCAGGAUGCUGGUCACAAGAGCCCGUCCCUUCACUCCCGGAAUCAGAGAACCUGGGAAGCAGCAGCCAGGAGUUUCUACACCGCCUGCAUGAUAGGGGGUUCCCAACAGCCUUGCUCUUACUCUCUGAGUAGAACUGGGUUCAAGGUUCCCUUCUAGCUCCAAGUCCCCUUGUCUGAGGAUUUCUGCCCUUCUGCUGCUCUGACUGGCAGGGACAGACCCAGGGAGACAGACUCUGAAUGGGACUGAGACCCAGGAGACCUUGCUUUCCGAUGAGACUCAGCCCUCAACCUCUCCUUACCUGGGCCUUUCUGGUUUCCAGACUUUCCAGGGAGGGCUCCUCCUGGGAGGGUCCACAGGUGCCGCCCUCUCUUUUGAAUCACCAUUGUGCCUGGUGACUUCCUGCCACUGGGGCAAAUGAGAUGCUGAUUGGGCAGGGGUGGGCAGGAGGGGGUAAGGGCUUGGGCUGGGGUGAGGAGUGUGAGGCUGUUAGACUGUUAGAUGA